UUGUUAAAACAUUUCUUGUUACAGAAAAAUGACAAUUUAAACUAUUUAAAAAAGUUAUAAUAAUGUUUGGAACUGGAAAACCUAAACUGGUCAGCUUCUCAAGAUUAGAUCAGAAUGACGAACAGCAGAAUGCUGCGAAGGAUGAAGCCCUGCUUGACGCCAAGAAGGCGAAGGACGUUGAUGAGAACAAGUACAAGAAGGAGGAGAACAAACUCAACACAUGGCACGCUUUAGUAAUUGGAUCCUGGUGCCUGUGUGUAUUCUUUCUUGUUGUUUACAUGGAUCAACGACUCCCGGAUCCUCUUACACUUAGAGACACAACGACAAAUCCAGACAGAUUUAUCGAAGAACGAGCGCGUAAAACCUUGCGUGCACUGACCAGCGUUGGUGCGCGUCCUGCAGGAAGCUACGAGAACGAGGUGCUGGCUGUGGAUCUGAUUGUACGCGAACUGAAUUCUAUAAAACUUCGAGCCCAGCCUAUACAUAAACUAUCAAUAGAUAUUCAGAAACCAAGAGGGUCAUUUAACCUCAAGUUUGUGGACGGACUCACUCAUAGCUAUAGGAAUAUCCAGAAUGUGAUCGCUAAGGUAGAAUCUGGGUUAGGAUCUAAGCACUCUUUGCUGGUCAACUGUCAUUUUGAUUCAGUUCCUCAAUCUCCAGGAGCUAGUGAUGAUGCAGUAUCCUGUGCUAUUAUGCUGGAAAUCCUGGAGGUUCUUACUCAAUCCUCUACUCCUCUUAGGCACAACCUCGUGUUCUUGUUUAAUGGUGCAGAGGAGAAUAUGCUUCCUGCAGCUCACGGGUUCAUUACCCAGCAUAUCUGGGCCGAGGACAUCAGGGCCUUUAUUAACCUUGAGUCCUGUGGUAGUGGAGGUAGGGAGCUAGUAUUCCAGACUGGUCCAGGGCAUCCCUGGUUAGUGGAAGCAUAUGCUGAUGUUGCUCCUCAUCCUUUUGCUUCUGUUAUCGGUCAGGAGCUCUUUCAGACAGGAGUUAUUCCAGCAGAUACAGACUUCAGGAUAUUCCGUGAUUAUGGAAAUAUCCCUGGUCUGGAUAUUGCUUAUAUGAAGAAUGGAUAUGUUUAUCAUACUGUUUAUGAUACAGAAGAGAAUAUACCAGCUGGAAGUAUACAGAGAGCAGGUGAUAAUCUCCUGGCAGUUGUCGGUCAUAUUGCGCAGUCUGAUAUUCUUGCCGAUACAUCUUCCCACAGUGAAGGCGGCGUCGUCUUCUUUGAUUUUCUCGGUUUAUUCUUGAUCCACUACCCGGAGUGGGUGGGGAUGUUGCUAAACCUGACCGUGGUGGGGUACGCUCUCUUUAGGUCCUGGGACAAAGCGAAGAAUAGUUAUAGGUCUGGAGUUACAACUGGUGUGUAUACUAGACAGCUUGCUUAUACAUUUGCAAUGCAGAUUUGUGGUUGUGUUGCCAGCUUCAUAGUUGUAACCUUCAUUGCUACAAUAAUAGAUAUAUUUUCUAAAACAAUGUCUUGGUACAGUCGGCCCUGGCUUAUUUUCUUCUUGUACAUGGUUCCCACUAUCUGUACUGUCAUAGCUGUCCUCUACUUCGCUCUCCCCAGGCAGAAGAAGUAUUUCCAGUUCUCCGACGGAGCCUGGGUUAUAGAGUCCUUGUACUUCGAAGUGAGCAAACUUAUCUGGGCCUUCUUCACACUCUUGAUGACGGUGGCGCGGCUCAAGUCCUCCUUCUUCUGCAUGGUCUGGGUUCUCUUCCCUUCAAUAGGACGAAGUAUUCUGGAGAAUAUUUACGAUAAAACUCCAGCUAAACGGAAACCUCGUGAUCUCACCUGGUUGGUCAUUCAUCUUCUCUCCCUCCUCAUCCCACUCAUCCUCAACAUGUAUCUGAUCCUCACAACCUUCUCCAUGUUCAUUCCCAUCAUGAGUAGAUCAGGGUCAGCUCUUAACCCAGACCUUAUAAUUGGAUACAAGGCUGCUGGUAUGACCCUGGCCACCCUGUCCUUCUUGUGCCCGUUGAGUAUGGUGAUGAAUAAACCAACGAAUGUUAUCACAACACUUUACCUUACUACCUUCAUUACUGUUAUAGCUGUGAUAGUUACUCCAUUAGGGUUUCCCUACAGUGCUUCUGAAUCUAGUUACUCACCUCAUCGUGCUCUUGUCAUUCACACAGAUAGAGAGUUCUACAAUAGAGAUGGAACUCUGCAUAAAGCUGACUCUGGUUACUUCAUGGUUAACCUGGACCGAAACUCUCCAGCGAUAUUAAAGGGUUGGUUACCAGAGUUAUCAACAAGUAAAGAGAUAUCUAGUAAGGACUGUGAAAACUAUCUGUAUUGUGGUGUACCUAUCUAUUACCCUGCAGCUACACUUCUAAGGAUAAAUAACUGGAUUCCUGCACCUAAACCUAAACUAUACAAGACAAUUGAUCUUGAAAUGAUUCAUCAGGAUGCACUUAGUGUGAAUAUUAGACGGGUUCUGUUUAGAGCUCAAGGCCCGGAUCAUAUGGGAGUUUUUAUAUCUCCAUCUCUCGGUAUAAAACUGGUAUCCUGGUCUCUAGCGGAUGGAAAACUUCUCGAGGGACCUGAAUGGAAGCAUGGACGGCCCACCUUCUAUAUAUUCAACUCCCAAGGGAAGGAUACUGAACCUUGGGAGUUCUGGUUGGAUCUUGAGGUCCCCAGGUCACAUUACGAAGGAAAUGAACUUGUCGACAUUGCUAUAACAGGACAUCACCUCCACGGGGCUCAGAUGAAAUCCACGCAGUUUAAAGCUUUCCUUGCUCAAUUCCCAGGAUGGAGUUAUCCAGUUGGUUGGACUGCAGCCUACAAGGCGUACAAGUUCUAAACAUGCGUAAUUAAAAGCGUAAUUUUCACAUAAUGCCUGAUUCAAUACUUAAAUAUGUUGAAAAAACGCGGCAUUAAGUUUGUUAAAUAAUUGUAUUAGAACAUGACUUACAUUUAAGUCACUAAAUUUGAGCUUAGUUGAACCAAAGACAAAGAAAGAGAAUUGAUUUUAUAUCGUUUAAAUACCAUAAUGGAACAUCAACCAGCCAAUAUUUAUAUCUAGAUAAUAGUUUAACAGCUUUUUUAAAAUUUAAUAUUUAUGUGUCUGUUCAUUUGACUAAACUGUUGUCAUCUUUUAAUCGAAUCUAGUCACAAACAAUGCGGUCAUUAAUCCAACUAUGAUUAGAUAUUGUUUAAUGUUGAGAUUAAAAUGCUUUCUACAAUCAUAAUCAAAAAGGCCCGUUUUAAUUGAAAGAUAAUCAGGCGGCUCUAAAUAU